AUGGACAGGUCGUCUGCAGCGCACGUCUCACGUCUCCGAUGUCCGGAGCCUUGCCACUAUGUGGCAGCAACAUCUGUCACCGCAAGUCAAGGUGCAGACUGCUCCGGAGGCCCUCCGCCAAGCUGGGCAUCUGUAACUUUCGGCGUGGUGCUUUGCUCGCAUGCAGCAGGACGACAUCGCAGUCUUGGAACGCACGUUAGCCGCGUGCUGUCCUUGACAUUGGACAAAUGGGAUCGUGGCGAAUAUGAGAAGAUGCUUCAAAAUGGGAAUGAGCACGUCAACAUCCAGCUGGAGUACAGACUUCCCGAUGGCUUCAACAAGCCGACGGAGUCCGGUACCAGAUUUGUGAACUUCGCUGAAGCUUUGGACGUUUUCGUUCGUUCCAAAUAUCAAGAGAGGAGUUUCACAAGAAAUGGUAGUGGUAAGUUGGUGGAGUCAAGCUUAUCUGGCUCGGUCACAACAGUGGCAUCAGUCGAGUUCUGUGGCGUGGUCAUGGUGAAGGUGAAGUCCGCUCGACAGCUCAUAGCCUUGGACCUUACCACCCAGAGCGAUCCAUAUGUUGUAGCAGAGCUUGUUGGUGGGCAGCAGCGCGUCCGCACAAGAGCCAUCAAGAACUGCGCUGAUCCCGUGUGGGAUGAGACGCUAAUGCUCAACAUUCGGAACCCGAAUGUGGACAUUCUUCGCCUUUGCGUUUGGGAUGCGGACACCUUCAGUCAGGAUGAUGCCAUCGGGCAGUGCGAUAUCCCUCUUCGAGAAGUUCUGCGGCGUAGUAAGGAGAACCUAUCGUUCUCCCAACCGGCGGUUUUCGACGAUCAGAAGUUGUCUGGCGGUGACGGCCACUCUUGCAUAUGCAUUCGGCUUCUUCAAAGAAACAAGCCACGCGGAUAUGAUGAGAGGACGAUGACUGCUGCCAUGGAGUACAGGAGCGGGCGGCCCACAUAUCGACUUGCCACGAACACCGUUGGAGAAUCUCAUGCAAUGGAGACCGCUGAGCGGCUUGGACUGCCUGCCCCGCUUGUGGCUCGCGCAGUGGAGCUGCUAGGCGAUGAUCAGAGGCAGUUACUGGCGUUGCAGCGCAAGGCCGCCGACGCAGAGAAGGACUUCGAGUCUGCAAGAGUGGAUGCCGAGCAAAGAGAGGCUGCAGCAUCCACAGCAAUCAGAGAAGCGGAAACGAAGGCAUCGGAGCUGUCUCGGCGAGCGCAGGAAGUGGCCGAAAUGGAGGCCAAGCUGCAGGCCAGAACCGUGGCUUUGCAGAGGCAGAUGCAAGCCGAGCUGCAGGCCCAGAUUGCCGUGAAGGAGAAGCAGUUCCAGGAUGUUGUCCAACGUCUGAAGCUGGAGACGCAGAAGCUAGGUUCUCGCUUCCGAAUAGUUGGUGAUGUGCUGGAGGAUCUGAAAGUCGAGGUAGACCAGGAAGCAGAGGCGAAAUACCAAGCUCAGAGCCAUCUUCAGCCGGCUGUGCCUGGCGCGAUGGCCGCCCGAGAGAUCUUGAGCCCAGGUGAUUGGGUUGUGGUCCUCGCAAAGCCUCCAUGGCAUGGCCUGAAGGGCCAAGUGGAAAGAAUUCAUUUGGCCAACGGAGCUGCUCCUCGUGUUUCUGUCAGACUGGGUGCGAAUGGCAAAGUCAAGGAGUUCCUCAAGACUGAGCUUGGAAGGACAUCUAAGCCGGAAGGGGCACGAAAAAUCCCGAAGCCCAAGGGAGAGGCCGCCGCGCCCACUCGUGAUUACAGUGCGAUGGCCUUCUGA